AUGACGAUGAGUUGGAAUUUGACCCCGCUGGCUAUGAACUUUUUCAGGGGUAUGCACCCUGAUGAUCGUCCUCCGACAGGUUACAUCCCUCAUCGCAGGAUCCCACUAGCAGCCUUUCAUGGGCCAACCCCUUCUGGGUCAGUUGGGACCGUUGUCCCUAGUGCUAAUGUUGCAUCGUCUAUUGCCAGUACUGGGCCCGUCCUUGGAUUUAUGGGCUUCACCUCACUUGCUGGAUUUUCCACUUGUGCUGGGCUUACCCUGUUUGAGAUGUAA